GGUUGGCUAACCGGUUAUUCGCUCCGUGUUUUCCCGCAGACCAUGUGUGGCCCAGCUGAGGUGACUGGCAGGACUUGUUUACUGGUGGAGAGACUCGCAGAUAGAGAGACUGAAAGAGGGGGAACCUGAGGGAGAGCAGCCGCUACACGGAACGGGAAUCCAAGUUUUUACACUUGACCCGUCUUUUUAAGUCUUUUCAUGUUUGUUUACCUCAUUGUUUUUUGACUAUCGGAGAUACUGACUUUGUCUGCGCGCGCGCGUGUGUUUUUUUUUAAUUUUUAACUCUCUCGCCGACACUGAAACCUCGUUUGUUUUGGAUUAGCUAGCUAACGUUAGCUGUUUUUCCCCCAGCAGCUAACGUUAAUCUGAGAAAAAGAAACGGGCGGCGCGUGGUGGAGAGUUUGCUCACUUCAUAGCAACGUGCAGGUUAAACGGAGCCGUUAUUUUUUUCCCCUUCUCAGCGGUUGGAAAAGAAGUAACGUUUAGUUCCCAAGUUUCAUCCUCUUGUUUCUUUCUCCCGUUUUGUCGUUUUAUGGGUGUUCAGUCGUUUGCGGCGUGGUGGUCAGUCAGCGGGGGUGAAGGAGUUCAGAGGAAGGUCGUAGUGGGGAAAGCUGUAUCUCUGCACGUUUUUCCUGCACGUAGCUGCUCGGAGGAGUUUCCUGGGAUGUGCUCCCAUCUGUUUUAAAAAGGGUGAGAUUCUGAGAAGAUACUAGCAAAACAGGGCUGAUAUAAAGACCUGUGGACUUCAAAGGAAAGCGCAAACCCUGCCAACUCCCGGUCUUGGCGCUGCGUUUGGCGAUAUCCAUAACUUCAGCUCAUGAGCAGCAGAGGAGGCUGUUUUUAACGCCGUGCAGAGGAAAAAUACAACUUACCGAUUGUUUUUGAAGUACCUCAUUGGAGCAGUGCAUUACAGAGAAAUGAGUCCGAGGCCAGUGGACCUCCUUCGGGGACCUCCAAAGUAGACCCCCCUUGCUCGUGGGAUAUUAAUAAUUAUACAGUUAUUUCUCUUGAUUCAAGCAGCAACAUUAAACAGAUGAACGUGGACUGUCGCCUUCACUUAUGGAAAAUGAAGAUCUUCACUCGCACAUGUGUUGCCAGAACCCAAGAUCACGUUAUUUAGUGGUCUGCAUUUGUUUCCAAGGCUCACAUACAUCACAAACUUGGCUGGGAAGAUACUCCUAAAUGUAGUACUCCCCCCGGCUUACGGGGGGCAACGUUGAAUCAGUUGGACCUUAUUUUUUUAAGAGUUUGUUCAAUACUUUUGAUAUUCCUUUUUUUGAGAUAAACAUUUCUCCCUCAAGAUUGUUUUUUUAGAAGCUUCAAGAGGAGAGCACAACUUAAAGUCAAAAUGAGACGGUGGACGCUCAAGCUGCGAGCACAAAUUGUGUUUUUUAUCAUCGGCACCUGCAUUGUAUGCCAGUGUGGACUAAUAAACGGAGAAAUCUGCCAGGGUAAGGACAUCCGGAACAAUGUGACCAACCUCCAGUCGCUGGAGAACUGCACCAUCAUCGAGGGCCACCUGAAGAUCCUGCUAAUGUUUAAGACCAAGACCGAGGACUUCCGGGGUCUCAGCUACCCAAAGCUUCGAGUGGUGACCGACUAUGUGCUGCUGUUCAGGGUCUAUGGCCUCGAGACCCUCAGCGAUCUCUUCCCCAACCUGACGGUGAUACGCGGAAACAACCUAUUCUUCAACUACGCUCUUGUGAUUUACGAGAUGCUGCAGCUGAAGGAGGUGGGCUUCCACAGCCUCAUGAAUAUCACCCGGGGCGCUGUGAGGAUCGAAAAGAAUCCAGACCUGUGCUACCUGGCCACCCUCGACUGGUCCAAGAUCCUGGAUUCGGUGGAGGACAACUUCAUCGUGGCUAAUAAGAACGAGAGAGAGUGUGGAGACGUGUGUCCUGGCACAGCCCAAGGCCAGACCAUCUGCCCGCAGAACACCAUCAACGGACACUUCAGGGGACGAUGCUGGUCACAGAAACACUGCCAGAGAAUGUGCUUGGACAACUGUAAGCACAGUGCUUGUAGCCUUCAGGGCCAGUGCUGCCAUGACCAGUGCCUGGGCGGCUGUUCUGAGCCGGGUAAUUCAAGUAGCUGUGUGGCCUGCAGGAACCUCCAGCAUGGGAACACCUGUGUGGAGAAGUGUCCUCUUGGAUACUACGUCUUCAGGGGCUGGCGCUGUGUCAGCUACUCCUUCUGCCAGGAGCUCCACAACCAGUGUAAGUUGACUAGGAAGUUGAACCAGGACCGGGAAUCAGGCUGCAACGAAUACGUCAUCCACGAUGGGGCUUGUAUUCCAGAGUGUCCUUCUGGAUACACCACUAUCAACUCCACUACGUUGACCUGUUCGCCAUGUGCAGGCCUGUGUCCUAAAGAGUGUGUGGGAAAUAAGACGAUCGACUCUGUGACGUCAGCCCAGGCUUUGAGAGGCUGCACUGUUAUCCAGGGCAACUUGAUCAUCAAGAUUCAAGGAGGGAAUAACAUUGCAGCUGAGUUGGAGGCGAGUUUGGGCCAACUUGAGGAAAUCACAGGCUACCUGACUGUUCGCAGAGCCUAUGCCCUGGUGUCCCUCUCCUUCCUCCGCAAACUGCGCAUAAUUAGGGGAGAGCAUCUUGAGGCAGAUUUCUUCGCCUUCUAUGCGCUGGACAACCAGAACUUGCGCGAGCUGUGGGAUUGGUCGAAGCACAACCUGACCAUCCAUCAUGGUCGUAUGUUCUUCCACUACAACUCCAAACUUUGCAUGUCUGAAAUCAGAAAGAUGGAGGAGGUAACAGGAACCAAGGAGCGCAACCAAAAGAAUGACAUUGCUGCACGCACCAACGGGGACCAAGCCUCCUGUGAGACCAAGCUGCUGACAUUCAAUGUGAUCAAGACAACAUCAACUAUGAUUAUUCUGAAGUGGGAGCCCUUUUGGCCGUUAGACUUCAGAGACUUGUUGGGCUUUAUGGUUCUCUACAAAGAGGCACCACAUAAGAAUGUGACAGAGUUUGAUGGGCAGGAUGCGUGUGGCUCGAACAGCUGGGCGAUAGCUGAUGUUGAUCCUCCACCUCGUUCAACGGACAGCAAGAAGGCAGAGCAUCCGGGGCACCUGAUUCGACCAUUGAAGCCCUGGACCCAGUACGCCAUCAUGGUCAAAACUCAACUGUCUGCAUCUGACGAACACCAGGUUCAUGGAGCCAAGAGUGAGAUCAUCUACGUCCGCACUAAUGCCUCCAAGCCCUCUGUGCCUCUGGACCCCAUCUCGUCCUCCAACUCCUCCUCUCAGAUCAUCCUGAAGUGGAAGCCUCCCACCAGUCCCAACGGCAACAUCACCCACUACCGCGUCAUCUGUCGUAAGCAGCCUGAGGACAGCGACCUCUCCAAGUUCGACUACUGCCUACAAGGAAUGAAGCCGCCGUCGCGUUACCCGACCCACCCGGACAACGAUGUUGAGCAGAAGUGGAACCACACCGAUGAGCCCACCUCAGGGGGCAGGUGCUGCGCCUGCCCCAAGACAGACAACCAGCUAAAGAAGGAGCAGGAGGAGAUAGAGUACCGCAAGACCUUCGAGAACUACCUCCACAAUGAAGUGUUUGAGAGCAGACCAGCUCGUCGUCGACGCUCAGUGGGAGUUGCCAACGCCACCAUACCCUCUCUCUUCCCCACCACAGCUUCCAGUCUCCCAUUUGGUUCCACCACAGCGUCUCCUGAAGACGAAGAUGAGGAUGAGGAGGGUUCCAAGGUGGAGCUGAAGGUGUUCUCAAAGGAGUCAACGGUAAUCUCCAACCUGCACCACUUUACCAGUUAUAAGAUCGAGAUCAUGGCCUGCAACCAUCCAACAGACCUCAAACGCUGCAGCAUGGCUACAUAUGUCAGUGCUCGAACUAUGCCAGAGGAGAAAGCAGACGACAUCCCAGGCCCUGUGACCCAUGAGAUAGUGACAGCCGAGCCUCCCUAUGUGCUGAUUAAAUGGAACUCACCUCGCUCUCCUAACGGACUCAUCAUCCUGUACGAGGUGUUCUACAGGAAGGUUGGAGACACAGAGCUUCAUACAGCUUGUGUGUCACAGCCGGCCUACCUAAAGUCAGGUGGCACUAAGCUUUCACUUGUGCAACCUGGAAACUACAGCGUGUGGGUCCGCGCCACCUCCUUGGCAGGAAAUGGCUCCUAUACAGAAACCACUUACUUCUUCAUGCCCAAUCCGGAUCCAGGUUUGAUUUGGAUUGUGAUGGGCCCAGUCAUCUGCUUCAUCCUGCUGCUGUUCGUGGGAGGUGGAGUCUUUGUGAUCUUCAAGAAAAGGCAAACUGAAGGCCCGACAGGACCUCUUAUCGCCUCCUCGAACCCUGAGUACAUCAGCACCAACGAUGUGUAUGUUCCUGAUGAGUGGGAGGUGCCCAGGGAGAAAAUCGCAGUGCUCAGAGAGCUGGGUCAGGGCUCCUUCGGCAUGGUGUACGAGGGACAAGCCAAAGACAUCAUCAAAGGAGACCCGGAAACACGCGUCGCCGUCAAGACGGUCAAUGAAUCGGCCAGUCUGCGCGAGAGGAUCGAGUUCCUAAACGAAGCCUCCGUCAUGAAGGCGUUCAGCUGUCACCACGUGGUGCGUCUGUUAGGUGUAGUGUCCAAAGGUCAGCCCACCCUGGUAGUGAUGGAGCUGAUGACCCACGGGGACCUGAAGAGCUACCUGCGUGGUCUCAGGCCGGACUCCGAGAACAACCCCACAGGCCGUUCACCACCUACGCUGAAGGAGAUGAUCCAGAUGGCUGCAGAAAUUGCAGACGGCAUGGCCUACCUCAACGCCAAGAAGUUUGUCCACAGAGACCUGGCAGCCAGGAACUGCAUGGUGGCAGAGGACUUCACUGUCAAGAUUGGAGACUUCGGUAUGACCCGAGACAUCUAUGAGACUGACUACUACCGUAAAGGAGGGAAGGGCCUGCUUCCUGUCAGGUGGAUGGCUCCAGAGUCUCUAAAGGACGGAGUCUUUACUGCCCACUCUGACUGCUGGUCGUUUGGCGUUGUGCUGUGGGAGAUCAGCACGUUAGCAGAGCAGCCUUACCAGGGUUUAUCCAACGAGCAGGUUCUAAAGUUUGUCAUGGACGGAGGAUACCUGGACCGGCCGGAUAACUGUCCCGAGAGGAUGCACAGCCUCAUGCAGAUGUGCUGGCAGUACAACCCCAAGAUGCGUCCGUUGUUCCAUGAGAUCAUCGAGAUGCUGCGGGAGGACCUGCACCCAUCUUUCCAGGAGUUCUCCUUCUUCUACAGCGAGGAGAACAAAGUCCCCGAGACAGAGGAGUAUGACCUGGACCUAGACAACAUGGAGAGCAUCCCACUGGAUCCGUCUUCAUACUCCCAGAGAGAGGAGAGCUUAGGCAGGGACAGCGGGCCCUCAGUGGCCCUCAGGGGGAACUAUGAGGAGCACGUCCCCUACACACACAUGAACGGUGGCAAGAAAAACGGACGAAUCUUAUCGCUGCCCAGAUCCAGCCCUUCCUAACAUUUCCUGUUUCCUAAACGAACUUUAACCUGCCCUCCCCCCAAUCCUUCUUUCUCUUCCAGUCCAUUUUUGUCUGUAUCUUUCAUGUUCCUCUAAUCAUUUUCUAAUGAUUUUCUUAUUCUUGGAGAAGCCCUUAAAAAAACAGACACAGAUCUCAGGACUUUUUAUUUUCUUCCUCAUGGCUGCCACACACAGGCAUGCAAGGGAUGCAAACAUGGUGUAACUCUUUUUGAACUUCCUCCACGACACAUCGAACUUUAUAAUACCAUAUUAUCUUCUAUUGUUUUUCACUAUUGCCACGUUUCCAGGACUCCUUGUGAUGGAAACAGAGAAAAAAGAAAAAACUGUGAACACAACAAACCUUAGACAACCAAGAAGGCUGCUUACGCUCAACCUCCUCAAGACUUGUCCCUCCUUUUCUCUCCACCAAUCUGCAUUUCCACAUUUCUGUGCUUUGUUUUUUUUCUCCAAAUGAAACCUUGUUACUCAGAUAGUGGCCUUUUUGUAUGUGGCCUAUAAACAAAGAGAAGUGUCUAUCAGCGCUUAUACUAAUUUCCUUUUGAACAAUGACUUAAUCAGUUUGGAACGGUGGGAUGACUUUCAAAGACUUGAUCCUAGAACAAACAUCUAUUCCUAGAGGAAUGUUUUCUUUUUGUCUUUCUUUUUUUUGGUUCUGCAGAAUUCCAAACUACACACAGAUUCAUCGGGUGUUUGGUGAAUAGUUUUAAUUUAUUUGCUUUUAUUGUUCUCUUCUCGUUUCCUCUCCUCUUUCUCAGUUUUAUUUCUGUGUCCUCACUAUAUGGCUGAAGGAUAUUUAAACAGUUAAGAAUUGGACAAAAGAGUUCCUCAGACUGACCAAUAGCUGCUGCUUUGAUAUAUUUUAGUGGGUAUAGAAAAAUAUAAAUAUAUAUAAUAUAUAUAGUAUAUAUGGAAUAUUGGUAUUUAUGUGCCAAUAUUUCAUAUAUAAUAUAUGCCGUAUUGAUGUGUUUGUAAAUAGUUCAUAUUUGUAAUAUUUUUCAUCGGAAGCUUUGCUAGUAUUUUGUUUUGCCAGGUUUUUUUCUUUCUGGGUUUUUUAAUUUUCUUAUUUUUAUAGCCCCAGAAAUCACACUAAUCUACCAUCAGUGCUCUCUGUGUCUUAUUAGGCCUCCAGUCCCCUGUGAGUACUCUCUCUCUCUGUCUCUAUGCGGAAAAGAGAAAGCCCUGAAAUAUUGUCAACUCACAUUUUUUUAUAAACCUUGUUCCCACUUAGAGCUGUCAAUAUUCUGAGGCAACUUUACGACAACAACGAUUAAAAAAAAUAACCAAACAAAAAAAAAAAGCUUUAUAAAAGGGGAAUGAGGUCUUUCUGGGUGGAAGUGCACCUGAUGUGUGUUUGUCUCUGUGUCUGCUGUCUCUCUGGUCAGAUCACGCUGGAGCCGAGGUCUUUAUACAUGUUUGUUAUCACAGGUUUAUCAUGUCUUUAACGUGGUUGUGCAAGUCCUCGUUAGCUGUCGUUGAGUUUAGAGAGCGAGGAGAGCUUUGCCUGGUGAUUGUACCUCCUUAUGUUGGUGUAGUAACAGUUGAUGGCUUUUCAGUUGUGUCGGUGCUGCUUGUAUUAGGGCAGGUCGGGAAUUAACACCAGAUCUCAGCUUAUUGCAGGUGAAGUGGAACGAUUUUCUUCUGUCUUUUUUUCUGUUCUAUAACCAGAGCUUAGCGCUAGGGCUGGGUAUUGGUACUUAAUAACCCAGUACUAGUAGUAAGUAGUUUCAAAACUCUCCAGCCAAAUGAUACUUGUUUAGAUCCUUAUUAAGCUAAAUUGAUCAAAAUUACCAUAUGGCCUUAGUGUGGUAAGUUCCUUCAUUUUCUUAUUUUUUAAGUAGAAUUUAAAUAAAGGAAAUAGCAGUUGUCUGGGCAUAAACCAGCAAUUUUUGAUUAUCAUGAAUCAAGCAUCCAAAAUGUAAUCGAAUCAUGACCUUAAAUGAAAAAAGUCUAAUCGAAUCAUAGAUUUGGAGAAUCAUAUCACCCCAAGUAUGAAACGAUAUCUAAGAAAUAGCUAUUGCAGUCUCUUUAAAACUAUUGGCAUGGCAUAUUUUUAAACAAUACCCAGCUCUACUAAAUGCCCAAAUAACUUAAAUCUGAGAGCAGUACCCAUCUGACCUGAGAUCUGCUUCAGUUCAGGACCUCAGUUUUUGAUGAAGGGUUCGAUUUAAUUCACACAUUACAUUCCCCUCUCAUUGUCGUUCUGUUUGGUUUGCUCUGCACCCACCCACACUAACACACACACACACACACACACAUACACACACACACACGUCCUGCACACUCCCCCUCCUCAGUCUUCCUGAGGCUUCCCAUUGGCUGCUGAACUCGCUGCUCAAAACCAGGCUGUUGGAAAUUUCCACAUUUUGUGGUCGAGAGGCUGGAGAGAAAUACGGAAAGUUCCAACUGUGUUCGCAGUCCGCAGCAGGUAGUGGAGAGAGAGAGCAGUCUCUCUCUCUCUCUGUGUCUCUCCAUCUUUCUGAGAGAGUGUGUGAGUGAUUGUUAAUCCUAUUAUUCUCUCUGCUAUCACAUGCAGUUAGGCGGUCAGGACACGGUGUGCAGCAGCUAUUUCACUCAGGUCUGACAUUCCAGGAUUUAGUUAGAACUACUCGUUCCUUCACCCCCCACCCCCUCCUGAUACCAUCACCACAACCCCAUCAGAUUCACAUGAAAUAAUUAGUUUUUCCUUCUUAAUGGUAUACUAUGCAGGAUUUUCCUGAAAGAAACAAUGUAUAUCCUCACUUAUGACUCACUAAAGGGUUUCUUUUCACUUGCCCGAUCUUACUCUAUACAAUUACACUAUUAUUUUAUUUAUUGUUAGCAGUUUAUGAGCAAACCUUGUAAUCCGGCUUGCUCAGUACAUAGUCUGACUUUUGUCCACAUUCUUUAACACCACCAAACUAAACUCUUGUUUCAUGAUAACUAGAAUUCUUGCUAGCAUUUUAGCUUUCAAGCUUUGGGAAUUUUUGGAUGUUUCUGCUGACAUGGCACUGAAAAAAUGCAAGUAAAAUAAGUGAAAUGCCAAGCAGACAAAGCUUGUUCCAAAACUAGAGUAAAUUUGGGGUUUACUUUCAUUUUUAUUGAGCUGGGGAGGAGGGGCCAAGUUUCAAUGUUGUCUUUACCAACAGUAGGCGAUGAGUCCUGCAUAGUAUGCCUUUAACAAUCAAGUAUUCAAAGUUUGUUGCUUCUGCCGGGAAUCAAAAACAUUCCUGUCAACUGUACCACAAAGCCACAGAAAAGUUAGACGCUGACCCCUCUUUGUGUCAUUUAAAAGUCACUACAAGCUUCAUUCGCAGCCCAAAGGCCGUCAGAGCUCCACAGCAGAUCUUCUGUAAACGCCCCUCUCUCUCUCGCUCUCUAACCACAUCGGUCGAUGACGUGGGAGGUGACAGUCAGCAGAGGUUUUUUUUCUUCUGGACACGCAGACACACAGUGUGGUUGCCAAUCUAGCCGAACAGCAUUCAGCACUUAUAGUAUAGCCAAAGUGUUGGCAGCUUUCUGUCAACAAUGAGAACCCACAGAAUCAGAGUCAGAGAAAGCAGAGAAGCUGCCUCCAUGUUUUACCAGUGCCUUCUCAAACCCAGAGCCACUUCCAGGCUAGUUAUAUCGGCUAGUAACACACACACACACACACAGGCCUCUGUGCUCUCUGUAUUUCGUCUCAUGAGGCAGGAGAGGCACAGAAAUCAAAGCUGCAUCUACAUUUGUGUUUGUAAGAUUACAACUUUGCUGGAAGGGAAGUAAAAGUCAGUUGUUGUUAUUAUUAUUAUUAUUUUUUGGUAUUUUCGUUCAGCUUGUUGCCAGCGUUAAGGUUUGAACACUAAUGUCCAUCUAGUGCUUUAGCGGUGACACUGUGGAUCAGCCAGAGUCUGUGCUGUUGUGCACUCAGAGGCACCUGAGGUUAUGAUGUAGAUUUAAGAUAAUUAUUCUGAAGAGUUACAAUCUUGGGCUUUUGUACUUUGUAAAUAAUCUGUGACAUAGUUUGGGAAAUAAAAGCAGAAAAAAAAUAUCAGAUGCCCGUCAGUUUUGUGUACAUGACAGAAAAAUGGUGGACCUUAGCUGUGUCAAUAUUCCACACUUUAUACUAAUACUGAAACUUCUGUCUACACUACAAACUCAACACCCAGUUAGAGUUGGUAUGCAGUGUGGAAGUGGGACAUCGCUCUCGUCUCCACCUUGACCUAGGUUGCUUAUCUUGUGGUGGUGUUCACACGCAUAUGCAAUUUUUAAUUAAUAUGGUGCCCAUAUCUUUGAAAUACCAGAUAUUUAUUUUAUUAUGAUCAUUGUCAUUGUAUAAGAAGAACACAGUUAGCUUUUUAGUCGAGCAUUUUUAAGGUGUUUGAGAGUGGAGCGAUGUAAAAGCCUAGUUUGUUAUUGUACAGGUGGAGUAGCUGAUGGUGAGCAGGAGUGCUAGUUAGUUAAUUAGUUAGUUAGUAAUUGUCGUUGUCUUUGUGUUUGGCCAGAGUCUACCUCAGUGCAUACGGAAGAAUCAGUCUAAAGAGCCUAAAUCAUCCCCGACAGUCUCUCAAUAUCCCGUCAUUUCAAAUAAUAUCACUUUAUUGUACAUUACCAACACUGCUGAUGAAUUCCUUUCCCCUGUGGUGUAUUAAACCCAUCUGCCUCCUUGUUUUCUCAGUUUUCUCUUCCCGUGCCCCGGGGGAAGCUGUCAUCUAUGUCGUUAGGAGCGUCAGGUUUUUUUCUUUAAAUUAACUGAUUUCAGAGUUUAGGGAUAAAAUAAAGUAUCAUCCAUUUCUUUAAAAUUGUUUUACCUCUAGCAAGGGCUGCACAAUUUGGGAAAAUGUAUUAAUUGCAAUUAUUUUGACUGACUGACUAAUAUCUCUAAAGCAUAGGGCUGGGUAUCAAUCAAAAAAAAUUCCCUGUGAUUUGGAUAUUGCAAUAGUUCAAAUGCACGUUUGAUCAAAUUUAGAUUAUCAGGCGGUAAAUUCGCUUUAUGGACAGUUUGUCCUUUUCGUUGUGGCUGCAGUUUAUAAAAUUACUCACAAGAGGCUUCCCCCGGGUGCUGGAAGAGUUGUUGUUGCCUCAUUGUGUGUGUUCCCCUUUUCCAUAUACACAAAUCCUCUGGACUGUUUGUAGUUGCAGCUCUACUGGUUUCUGGGGAUGAGUCAAAAAAAAGAAGUCUCUUGGCUCUAAAUGCAUAUCUGUGAUCACCUACAUGCAGCCAAGGCUAAUUAAGCUCAGCCCUGGACCCUCAUGCUUUUAAAAAAAAAAAUCACAUCUAGACUAAACCUGUUGUCUGACAAAAAGCCCUACUCUUCUUCUUCAGUCUGUCAAUCUGUCUCUUUGUGGUCAAAACAGUUAGCGUUCAAAAUCCCACGUCUCCUCCAGUCGUUGUCGGUUUAUUUGUCUGUUUCUCUGUUCUGAUUUUUGUUUUGUAUGUAUAUUUUUUCUACUGUGAAUAUCAAGAGAUAACCUUUAUUUUCUGUCAAUGCCAUGGAUUGGGUCUGUUUUGGCUGAUCAGGACACUGACGUCUGGGCUGGUUAAAAAGUUUUAAAGAGGAGGGCCCCCCCCCUCUCCCCUCUGAAAAAGAGAAAACAAAAGCUGGACUGGGACAAUCCUGUGUGCCAUAAAGAACUAUUAACAGACAAGAAAUCUAGAUUGUAACAUUUCGUCUCAGGGAGGCGGCCUGAUGCUUUGUGGUUGGAGGAUAAAGAGGACAAGGAGGAAGAAGAGCUACCUACCUACCUUUUAUCUGCUUUGACUGAAGCGCAAGUUCUCAGCAUCCUUGCAAAAAAAAAAGCAAAAUGGAGAUGAUAAGUCCAAGGACAAGUUUUCAACAACAAAACCCAAACACCCUUUUCAUGAAUCUGAAAUCCUUUUGCCCCCUUUGAGAAGAUAAUCAGGAAUCCUCCUCUCUCUCUGACGUGGUUUGGACUGCCCUCUAGCGGUUGGAUGGGAGCAUUGCGGUCAGGAGCGGCAAAGCAAACAGGGCCCCUGACCCAUAGUGCCUUGCUCAGACUAACGGCCCGCCUGACCCCUCCCACCCAGUCCACUCCCCUCAGAGCAGAAACGUGUCUCCACCAAUCACUAAAGAGGAUUUUUCCACCUCCAAACAUGAAAUGAAAACACAGGAAUUAUGUUUUUUAUGCAUUCUGCGUCUUUUACUUCUCACUGCUCAGUGGGGAAAAUACUGUAAUUUGGAUUAUAUGACUGAUGAUUUCUACCAAAAAAAAAAAAAAAAUGUUGAACUUGUGUCUCUACUCUGCUAAGCUCUGGCUUGCUUUGUGCAUGGAAAAUGAAUUAUCUAUACCAGCGGAUAGCUUGAUAAUUUGAUGCUUACUGAUUUCGCUUCUCAUCAUCAGUCUGUUUAGAAAGCGGCGCCCCAAAGCACAUGCAAAAACUCAUGAUUUGCAACAAGUGAUUGCAUUACUGUUGGGGAUUUCCAUUAGAAAUGCAUUCAGUUGUUCCAUGAUUUUCAAAAACAAGAAAAGAAAUGAUUAAUAAGCUCUUAACUGUAUAUAACAGCAGAUGCCCUCGGCACCCCGAAAAAACAAAAGCACUUGAUUUUUAGGGAAGUUUAGGUUUGUUUUGUUGAACUCUGGUGACCUUAAAAGCGGUUGGACAGAGCAUGCUAGUAACACAGCGCAGGGUGAGAACAAAGCAUUGUAUGUAUUAUUGUUUUGUUUGAAAGAAAAGAAAAAAGUAUUACAUUUUAGAGAUGUUGAUUUCUAUUUUUUUUAGCCAAAGUAUGGAGGGCAAAUACAAUUACUUUUUCUGACUGUAAACUUUUACUACUCUUGUACAUUAUGAAUUUAACAUUGUUAUCGGUGUGUAUAUAACUUUUUUUCUAAAUUUAAAAAGAUAGAUUUUUUUGUUUUUCUUUUUUUUCAUGACACAACCCACUACACAGAAAAGAGCAGAGUCAAGUCUGUCAAUGUAUUUAACAGGAGCAGCACAACUCCAGUCUGAGGGCUUACCCCUGUGUGACAAAACACAAACAGUAUGUGGCCUGAAAACAUUUUGCAAUGAACCCUGCUCUUAAUCCGAUGCAUGUUCUGAAUGUUGUCAUGCAUUUCAACCAACCCACCCACCCACCCACAGCAGCAUGUCACCCAUAAAGCCUUUCUUGUGUCGCAAAUAUGUCACCUGUCACAGAUUUUGUUGUAUGGAAUUGUUUCUGACAAGAGACGUGUGUUUUAGUUUGCAAAUAUGUUUUUUUUUUGUAAGUGAAAAACUGGAAAAGACCACUGCACAUCCUUUUUGAAGAAGAGGAAACACGAUAUCCUGAAUAAGCUAAAAAAAAAAAAAAAUUAAAAGAUAAAGAGAAAACUUCACUGAUUGUUCAACAACUAUACAUCUUUAAGUUUAGACUGUAGAGCUGGAUGUGUUUUUUGGAAUAGUUAGACAUAAGAAUAUGCUUAUUUGCUUUUUGCAGAGAGUUGGAUGAGAAGACUGAAAUAUGGUGAAGUGGACGCUGUAGCUAGCAUCCAGAAGUUAGCUACAAGUUAGCCACAGUAUGAAAGAUGCAUUGAAAUCACCUUUUUUUUUGGCUUCAUUUACCACUGAGUAACUUUCAUAGGAAUGAACAGGGCCCUGCCUUCAAAGCUGUAUUCAAUUCUCUUCACACCUCCAUGGUCAUGUAACAAAAUGUUUGCCGACUUUAUGAGUUGUUGUGUGAAUUUUCCCAAUUGGGAACUAAUAUUUCUGAUUAUUAUGACACCGCACGAAUGCAAGGCAAUUCUUGGUUCCAAGCCAAGUGGGUUUUUUUUGCUUUUUUUGUCCAGGUUAAACAAAUGAGACAUUAUUCGUUAAUUACUGAACUUGAAAUGUGUUAGUUAGCACAUUUUGUUAUUGGUGAACAGCCAGACUAGCUGUUCCCCCUGUGCAAAGCUAAGCUAACUGACUGUAGCCUUUAUACGUAACAGGCAGAUAUGAGUCUCAUCCAACUCUCAGCCAUCAGGUGAUUGAGCAUAUUUUUUCCAAAAUGUGGAACUAUUCCAUUUAAGGAGGCUCAGCAUUAAAGUGAAACACCAUCAGCUAUGAAUGAAUUAAGUACUGUCUGUCAGUAGUGUGAUGAUGAUGAACUGUUCAUAUUUGUGUCCUUGAUUUGGGAGAGAUGCACCGCUGUUGUAAAGAUAGACAGCGGGGGGCGUUGCAGGUGUGGUGACGCUGUUUGUUAAAUGACACACCUGAAGAAAAGCUUCUUCUUCUUUAGUUUAAAGAGUCGUCUGUCUGUCGGUCCAGUGGUCUGCUCCAGUUUACACACCAGUACCUUAUAUUUAUCUCUAUCCUGUUCCCUGUGCUGUACGUUGUUUAAAUAAUGGAGUUGUGUCUGUGUUGCCCUCUGUUGAAGUCUUUACCACGGCUUUCUUUGUCUCUGAUUGCUGCUCCUCCUCCUCCUUCUCCUCCUCUCUGUGUCCUUCAAGUCUGUCUCUCCUCAGUGCACAUAGGUGGUCCCCAGAAUGCUGUGUGUAGUCUUGCAGGAUACCUCUUUAUUAAUGUCAUUUAUUGCCGAUGAAUAUGCUGAUGUAUUAAUUUUUGGGAUAUGUUGUGUAUACAUUAUGUUGAGACAUCGGUGCGUAUGCAGACAGCAGGUGUAUAUGUGUGUAUGUACAGUCCAAAAAAACCCAAAACCCACAACCCACAGAGAUCGCUUCAUCCCUCACACUGGAUCCAAAUGUGCCAUUAUCUUUAUGUAUCACAUAUAUCAACAUAUUGAACACACACACACGCAUACACACAGACACAGACAGAAAUACAUGCAUAUUGUACAGGAUCAAAAAUGUGCCAUGACUAAAUGAACGCUUGACAAUUUAUUUUUUCUAUGUUUUCAAAGGAGAGCCAAGUAGUGACAUGUACAGAAAAUGUUGCAAUGAUAUGAAAAUAAAAAUCUUGCUGUGUGUAAAUUAUUCAACAAUUAACUGUUUAUAUUAAAAUUAUGAAUAAAAUUAUUGGAGAAUA